AUGUCCAGCAACAAGGUAGCUGAUCAUUGGUGCCUGUCAGAGCGACAAGGUCAUCAUUUGCAAUCCAAUGGUGCAAUUGAUCUUGAACUUGAUGGUGGGACUGCAAGUCUUCAUCCAGAAAUAGGAGUCACAAAAGGUAAUACUCGAGUCAAAUGGAGUCCCCAAAUGGCUGAUCGAUGGUGCCUGUCAGAGCGACAAGGCCAUCAUCUGCAAUCCAAUGGGGCAAUUGAUCUUGAACUUCAUGGUGGGACUACAAGUCUUCAUCCAGAAAUAGGACUCACAAAAGUUAAUACUCGAGCCAAAUGGAGUCACCAAAUGAAGUUGUUCCUUGUUAGACUCUUAAAAGAUUAUGAUGUGCCUGGUUUUCGGACACAUAAUGCUUGGAGUAAGGAGGCAUGGACAAAUAUUGUUUCUCGACUAAAUCAAAGGUUUGAUCAAUCAUUUACUCUCAACCAAGUCAAACAAAAGGAGCAGGAUCUGAAGAGAGACUAUCGAAAUGUUAAAGAAUUGUUGGAUCAAAGUGGCUUUGGAUGGGAUAAGGACAGAAAAAUGGUUGAUGCACCAGAUAAUGUUUGGGCAAGCUUUGCCGCUCGUAAGAACAGCAAGGAUGUCCUGCAAUGGAAAGAAAGGUCAUUCCCCCUUUAUGAAGAAUUAGCUCCACUCUAUGAAGGUCGUUAUGCUGAAGGGAGAACUCGUCGAGGCUUGGACCAUUAUACUAGGAAGAGGAAGCAUGCACCAGUUCCCUCAUCACAAUCGACACAAGUGACGGAUCUGUAUCAAUCACCAUCACCUACCAUGCCAGCUGCCGGUGAGUCAGAUAUGCAGUUUACAUUAGAUGAAAAACUUGACGAGUUCAAUUUGGAUUCUCCCCCGCACCUAUCUACACCUAUUCAGCAUGUGCAAGCCCCGCCAAGAUCUACACAAAUGGAGAAACAUGACACUAGGCGUGGGAAAAAACAGAAACGUGGUGCUAAUGAUGAUUUCCAUGAGAAGUAUCUAAAACUGAAGAAGGAAGAAAUUGAUCGAUUUGCUGCAAUUGAGGAGAAGAAGCUAGAGGACCCCUACACCAUCAACAAGUGCAUCACAGCAGUUGAAGGGUUGGAAGGUUUACAACUAGGAGAUAUGUUGAUGGCAUCAGAUAUCUUCAAAUGCAAGGAGAACAGGGAAGUUUUCUUGUCAUAUUCUACUAAUGAACUACGACUGGCUUGGCUUAAAAGAGAGAUUGCGCGUGCCCAAACUACCCAUCAAAAUUAG